AUCUGCGUUUAUGUGGCCACACCGUCAUACUUCUUCCAUAACAAUAAUAACACUGCUAUUGUUUUAACUAAUUUCCGUCUUAUAAUUUUGGAUUUCCCUGCCGUGGCUUUAUUUUAAUUCCCAAUUUAGAAUAAUGUUGUUGAAAUUUUCCGCAGAGAACAAAGUAAACUACCCAAAAUAAUUUCAAUCAGUUUCCUAAUAGAAUAGCAAACUACGACGUAACAAAUUAUUUAUCAGAAAUAAAUCAAGAGGAAAUAAUGUACGCUAAUUACGCAGAAACACCUGAGCAGGAACAAGUACUGCAAAAACUCGAAGAAAUGUUUUACACAACACCGCAAUGGCAAUUACAUCAAUUGUGCGUAGAAAACAAUUGGAACCUGGAGUUGUGUGUCAGCCAGUGGAUGAAUUUUGUAAACAACGCCAAUUUGAGGGAAAAAAAUAAAACGGAGGCUGAUCCUAAUCCAGCCACAAACCAUCCUAAUAAAGAAACUUUACAAAUUUGUGAACGGUACCAACGUAUAGGAGAAAAUAUUAAAAAGGGAUAUAAAGUUUUGAUUCUUAUGCGGGGUCCUCCUGGCGUAGGAAAGACUUAUACCGCUCAUGAAAUUGUCAAAACAUUUGUUGACUUACAGUCGCCUUUUGAUCACAUCGAAGAUUUUAUCUUCAGCGCCGACGAUUAUUUUUACAAUUCUAAGGGCGUUUACAGAUAUAAUGUAAAAUAUCUUUCCGAGGCGCAUGAAUUUAAUCAGAACAGAGUACGAGAGAAGGCUAUGAGUGGUUUUAGUCCAAUUAUUGUGGACAACACAAAUUUGAAGUUGUGGGAGAUGAUGCCAUACGUAAAGUAUGCUGUGCAAAAUGGUUACACGAUUGAAAUUGUGGAACCAAAGCCUUCGUGGAGCAAGUGUGCAGGCAAAUUAGCACAACGUAAUAUCCAUGGUGUAGCAGCUGAGAAAAUCCGUACUAUGAUGGAUAAGUAUGAGAAAGGAGAUGUACCAGACUUGAUGAAGAUGUUAAAAAACACCAAAUAUACCGUAAGCUUGCCUCAAAUGCGUGUUAUUCCGCCAAUUGCCUUUGAAAGUUCGACAGAAGUGGCUGAAAAGAACGAUGUUAUUGAUAAUAUGCCCACAACACACACGGACACUAGUGGUUGGGAUGGGGAUGCGGACACAAGUAGUUGGAGUACUUACGAUACCAAUGCACCAAAAACUCAGCGAAAGAAAUUUAGAUCAUGUACUUCUCCACCGAAACAAACAGAAACCAUCCAAAGUGGAAGCCUCGAACCACGUGACUUGUUGCAAACCCCACCAGAAAAGACAACUUUAUAUGCACCAUCACCGGUUAAGUCGGCGUCAGCAAGAGACGUCUAUAGUUUGCUUGAAAAAAAGUUAUCGAAUGUAUGGAAGCCCUAUGAAGCAGAGUCAAUAGAUUUUUGGGGAACAGAUCAACCUAAACUGAAGCCUUUAACAACAUUGGAAACAGAAAAAAAGACAAAUAAGGGGAAUGAAGAAAAGUCUUUAAUUGAUUUGCUUCGCGAUGACGAAGUGAUGACUAAUGAAAAGAAAAACAAAAAAAAUAAUGAUUCGAAGUCAGAAUUGGUCUAUAAUGUUUCAUUUGAACGCCACAGUGUUGAAUGUCCUAAUGAGAAUGUUUUAUUUGUUACGUUACGACAAAUCUAUCCCAAUAAAGAAAUUGGUGGAUUGUGGGAUCUCUUCGUCAAAUGCAACGGGGACAUAGAUUGGGCUGUUGAUAUUUUGCUGAAAGAAGAUGAACUUACAAGGCUUCGAGGCGACACAGAGUCAGACGAAAAUAUUCAUUGUUCGGAUACAUUUACGUGUUCGUGUAACGUGGCGCCGCCCAUGGAUGUAGACAAAAUGGAAUAUAAAUUUUCUGAAUUCACAACUUUAAAGGAUUCCCAACAUGCAAUAUCCAGCAAUCGUCAAGAGCCCAAUGACAUUAAGCUACAAAAUCGUUCGCAAAGGUCCAGAUUUGUUCGUCCCCAUCAAAUUUUUGACCCUAGUCUGCUGGAAGUUAAAGAAGACAUAGAAAACCGUUUUGUUCUCGGGGAUGACCACUAUUCAGAACAUCUGUUGAAAAUUCGAAACUUUCGCAGUACUUUGGCUUCAGGGGCAGCCACAUCAUCCGGUUCCAUCCCCUUUUACAGUGGAGGAAAUGAAGAACUUCAAAAUACUAUGGCUAUUAAUGAUGGAGACGAAGAUGUCGAUGACAAUGAUGAAGAUGACGAUAUAGGCGAUUGUGACAAUAUAUCCGAUGAAAUGCUUGAAAUGUCGUUGGGAGAGCAUUUGGUACAACAACUGCUUGAAAAUUUCCGCAAUGAAUCCUCAUUUGAGGAACGAAUUCCUUCGUCAUUGCCAUUGAAUUUAAAGGUAUUUAUGCCUCGAUCCUUAGCUAAACAGCUAUAUAUGUUAUGGAUGGAAUCAGCUUAUAAUCAUUUCGAAGAAGAACGGCAAAAGAUGGUGCGCGAAGACGAGGAAUUUGCCCGACUCUUGAAGCAUCCAAAAUAUGCCGAAUACAAACAAUCGCCAAGUAACCUAAGAGAAAUGUUGAAUAUUGAGUGUGCUUGGAAUCUUUACAAAAGGGAAAAAGAAGAAAGUGACCAAAAGAGGAUGGAUAUAGAAAAGCUAUCUCAACCGACUGAUCUAGCAGCCCAUUUGACACAAAUGAAACUUUGCGAAACUUUCCCCGAUAUACCGCGUGAAACUCUGCUUGAUAUUCUAACGACUACUGAUAAUAACUAUAAUGAGACGGUGGCAAUUUUAAAUAGUACCAUAGCCGACAAUACUCUUCAGGAAGAUGAUGGGGUUGAACAGGGGAAUACAGGUGCAAUUUUCAAUCGUUAUCAACAUUCCCGCCAUAGCACCUGUGAUAGCAACGAAAAUAACAAUGAUGAAACGUCAUGGUCACCGGAAAAUGCAAAACGAUUGGCUCUUAAAGAAUUCGAAGAAGCGCGAAAUUUAGCUGCCCACCAUUGUCAGCUUAGAGCUGAAUGCUAUCAGAAGGCUAAGGAAGCUAUUCAGGCAGGAAACGGUGGCGCUGGCAUCUACUACUCCCAAAUUGCUAAUUUACAUAAGCAGAAAAUUGAUAUGUAUAACCACCGAGCCGCAAAUUGCAUUAUUAAUGUUCACAAAUAUACACAAAGUAAUCCAGACCACUUGGACCUGCACUACCUACACUUGGCGGAAGCUAUGGGUUGCUUGGACCUCUUUUUAGAUCGUCACAUUACCUCUUUAAGAAUGGCUUCGCGAAAUUAUAAAUAUGUGUUUAUAAUCACCGGUCGUGGAAAACACAGUGCGGGAGGAAUUUCUAUUAUAAAAAGUAAAGUAAAAGGCAGAUUAGAGGAGCGGUGUCUUAAAUGGAAUGAAGUAAAUCCAGGCCUGCUGAAAGUGAAGGUAUUUUCCAGUUCACGCCAUUCGCAGAAUUUCUGAUUAAAACAGGUAUAAAAUUUCUGCAAAUUGUCGAAAAAUUCCCUGCAACCAAAAAUGUUUAUGUACAAAGUUAAACUAAGAGUUUAGGUAUAAAGAUGGAAUGUGUAAAAAACAUUUAUCCCAUGGGUCUUUUAAUUUUCGUCACGUUUUUACCUGUUUCGUUAAUGGUUUUAGUUAUUAUUAUUUUGUUAAUAACUUUUACAUGUAACUGGCAUAAUUUUAAACAUAAUUUGUGUAAUAUAUCAAUUUUUAUAUAAAAAUAAAAGUAUUUCCACCAUACUAUUUUGUGAAA